AUGGAGCAUCAUGAUUUUUACAAGGGCCGCUCCUCCAAACGAGACAUAGCAGUUUCUGCAGUUGCUUUAUGGGAUCAUAUAAUACACAGUCAUCAGCUCCAGGAUCUUUCAUUAGCAGAUCCUUUUAAGUCAAGGACAAGGAAUACCAAGAACAUUUACAAACCCAUGAACAAAGAAAUGGUCAGGGCAGUAGUAGAUACUGGACUAAGAAAAAAGAGCACUCACCACAAAAACAAGGAAGAUGCAGAAAAGGAGUAUGUUCUUGAUCCCAGACCUCUACACCUAACUUUAGCUCAGAAAUCAGGCCUGGUUGAGCCUCCUUCCUUGCCACUAACUGCUGAAGAAUGGGUAAAAAUAAAGCAGAGAUCCAUAUAGCAUGGAGACUCCAUACAGCCUUGUGCAAUAUGCAGGGAAGAAUUUGCACUUCAGCCUUAGAUACAUGUGCUGCUUUCAGGUUCCCAUGUAUUCCAUAAAUAAUUGCAAUUAUUUUUUCGGGUAUGCCUGAAAGCCUUUGAAAAAUUUACAGGUAAAAAGUCUUGUCCUAUGUGUAGAACAGAGCAGUAUCAGACCAGAGCAAUACAUGAUGCACGCUUGUUUAAAAUAAAGUGCGCUAUUACAAUUCAAGCUUGAUGGAGGGGAUACAGUGUUAGAAAAUGGUAUAAAAACUUGAGAAAAGCAGUGUGUCCUAAAGAUAGCAAAUUAAGAAAGCAAUUCUUUGAAAAAAAGGUUCAACGGAUCAGCGAUAGACAGUUGAGUUCUUACAACAUCAACCUAGGUGAAUUUUUUUCUGAGAUACAUCUCGACUUGCAGCUAUAGAAGAAUCUGUUUCAGCAGUCGGAAGGAAAAGAAAUAUUAAUAAGUGAAACUGACUGGGAGAAGAUCCAGAUGCAGGUUGGUUAG